AUGUUCUAUCGAACAUUCACAAUCCCUUUGAAAUGCAAACAAAGAACAGUAAACGCCACAGUAGAAUGGUUUCAACAAGAAUCAGACAGCUCUUACAACAGUAACGCUUUCCAAGUUGCUGAAGAAAUCUUACAGAAACAUUUCCCUGGUGAGUUCCUUAGUAAGCUCCUGAUGCAAUACGUUGCUGACCAGCUUCUACAGAUCACUGCUGACAUCAAUAACAGGAAGUCACUGAAUGACAGUAGUGGUUCGCCAAAGAGGAAGUCUACAGCCACUGGUGAUAGCGGUACAUUCAAUGCUUCUAAUCCCACAACAGCCAGCAGCUGCAGUAGUAGUAGUGGUGGUAGUGGUAGUGGUGUCGGAAGUACUGGCUCACCAAAACGGAGAUCUGCAACCACUGGUGAAGGCAGUGUUGGCACAGGUGAUGGAACAAGUCAGAGCAGUUCUGUACAUAAUCAACAAAAAUUCCAAAGUGGUUCUGUUCAGCAAAAGAAUAAAGAUAAACAGCGGAGUACCGAAGUGGUGCUACCCAACCAAGAUAUGACUGCAGACCCGAUGGAUGUAUCAAUGUGCAAGGACCUUUGGAAAUACUCCCAAGAAAACCCACAACACUUUAGCAAUGGUGGGCUGUUUUAUUGUCAGCUGAAGCAAGAGAGAGACUUUGUAAACGGCUCGCAUUUCAGUAUUCCUGCUUUACCUGGCAAGGUAUUCGUUUAUAAUUCUGCUGAUGACAGACUGGAUAUAUGCCUGAAACCAUACGGGCAUUUUUCUGUCGAGCCAGAUGUAGAAGAGAAAGCGAGGAGCACAAAGCCACACCUAUACCUCAACUGUGAAUAUCCAAAACCUGCUCUCUCCAGCACAAACUUUCGACGUAGCAAGAAAUCAGCCCCGUCGUCUGAAGCAGACCACUCUUCUAAGUUGUUUCACUGCAAGGACUCCAUGACUUCAGAUAAGAAAGGGGACUUAACUGAGGGGAAAGAGAGCAACAAGAAGCCAGCAGCGCUGCCCAAGACCAGCUACAGCAAGAGCGAACACCCAACGUAUCAGAGACUAGGGCCAGGUUUCAGUGUAUUGGGUGCCGAACAUUCAAAUGUGACCAAUCAUAGUUUAGAAUUACUCCACACACUAGCAAAGAACAUUGACCCGGCUAUCUUUGACCAAUUGAAGGAUUCUGAGGUUGAAAAGAAUCAGGUGGAUGAUGAUGAUGAUGAUGAUGAUGACAAUGAUGAUCUAUCCUCAUGUGGUAACAGCGAAGAUAUGGACAUAUAAAUAAACAACAAGGCCAAUUUGAUAACCACCAUGUCCUCUUCUAUCCUCAACCUUGCAACCAUUCCACCUCUAUCUCCCCUCCCUGACCCUACCAUCCCGCACGUUACAUAUUUUCAUCUCAGUAGACUUUAAAUAUUGCCAAAUGUAAAUCGUUAAUUAUUUUGCUCUUCCUUAACCUAAUUAAGCCUCUAAUUAUUAUACUUCUACUUUUGUACCCAGCUUCAGAAAUGAGUUGGAUGUGGGAUUUUCUUUCUUUCUUUCUUUCUUUUUCCUAAAAUGGCUGUGAUUUUGUUUAAGACAAUAACAACAACAACAAUUUGCAAUGUUCUUUGCAAAACUUGACAGAGAUUCUAUUUUUCUAUUUAUGUUCUUAGUUUUUGUGGUUGUUUUCAUUUAUAUCUUUUUUUUUUUAAUAUAUAUAUAUACUUUCUUGAAAUUAAUCUCUAAAUUGUAUGUCUAAAAGAAAAAAAAUGAUUUAAUCUUUAAGCUUGUUUAAAGUUAAGGAAUAUGUUUCCUGUAAAAACAACUUUAA